UAACAUAUACUUCUAUAAAUACUCAAAGCUAUCUAGCUGUGAUAUUUAUUUAGAGUUCCAAAUAUCAAAUUAAUCAUAAUAAUCCUCCUCUAUAAUAAAUUCCUUCACCUGUCACCCUGCCUUUUUCUACACCUAUUAAUGCACCCCUUUUAACAGGGGAAACUUCUAUAUAUUCACUUAUUUCCAUUUUAUAUAAUUCAUAUCAUAUACUAAAUAGUUUUCAUACCAUAUAAUAAUAAAUGGGGAAAUUAUUAAAACUCCCAUUGGCAUUAAUCUUGUUAAUGUUGGUGAUUAAUAUGAUAAGUGUUACAUCAGCAUAUUCUGAUGAAGAAAUGUUGGGGGCAGAAUGCCUGAAUGUUCCAGCUUCUGUUUUUACUGAUACUUUGGAGGCUACAAUUGAUGGUGUUCUUAAGGUUGCAUCAAUGGUUGCCAAAUUUGCUGGUGUUUUUGGUGAUUUUAGAGUUUCUAAUGCAAUUUCUGAUUGUUUGGAUUUGCUUCAAUUGUCUCAAGAUGAGUUGAGUUGGACUCUCUUUGCUUCUCAACAUGGUAAAGGCAAUGGGACGGGUGACCUAGCUUCUGAUUUGAAGACAUGGCUAAGUGCUGCCCUGGUCAAUCAAGAGACUUGCCUAGAAGGAUUCGAAGGAACUGGCAGCAUGGUCAAAUCCAUAGUCACGGGCAGCAUCAAUCAAGUCUCCUCAUUGAUCCAAGACAUCCUCCACAUGGUCCACCUAAACCCCCGUCCUAUACGGGGUUCUAAACCAGGUCGGGUAAAUGAUACCCGACCUGGUGGUGGUGGGAGGCGAUUAUUGGCUAAGGCCACAACCGCUAAAGACGGGUUUCCUUCUUGGAUAAGGUCAAAUGACCGAAAGUUAUUACAAGUCUCUGGAAUGUCGAGCCCAAAUGUAACGGUUGCUCUAGAUGGGAGCGGUAAUUUUACUCGUAUUAUGGAUGCAAUUGAAGCUGCCCCGAGUCAUAGUACUGAUCGAUUUGUGAUUUAUGUAAAGAAAGGGGUGUAUGACGAAAAUGUGGAGAUCAAGAGAAAGAAGACCUAUAUUAUGAUGUAUGGUGAUGGAAUGGAUGUGACAAUUAUAACGGGUAAUCGAAGUGUCGUUGAUGGUUGGACCACUUACCGUAGUGCCACAUUUGCUGUUACGGGAGCUGGAUUCAUAGCACGAGACAUGACAUUUCAAAACACGGCUGGACCAGAAAAACAUCAAGCUGUUGCAUUUCGAUCAGACUCCGACCUAUCAGCCCUCUAUCGGUGUGCCUUCCGUGGAUACCAAGACACACUCUAUGCACACGCGAACAGGCAGUUCUUUCGAGAAUGCACAAUCACAGGCACCGUAGACUUCAUGUUCGGUGACGGGGUAGCCGUGUUCCAAAAUUGCCUAAUCCAAGCUAGGCAAGGCCUCCCAAACCAAAAGAACACCAUCACGGCCCAAGGUCGCAAAGACCCUGGUGAGAACACCGGGUUCUCAAUCCAAUUUUGCAACAUUACCGGAGACUCUAGCCUUACAAUGACUAAUACCUCAACCAACACCACCACGACGUACACGUAUUUGGGCCGUCCUUGGAAGGCUUUUUCUAGGACAAUCAUCAUGGAGUCAUACAUAAGUGGUGUGGUAAGGCCAGAAGGGUGGUUGGAGUGGAAUGGUAAUGUGUCUUUGGACACACUUUACUAUGCUGAGUACAUGAAUUAUGGGCCUGGAGCUUCUCUUGGAUCCAGGAUUAAGUGGCCUGGAUAUCACAUUUUAAAUAGUUCAGCCCAAGCAGUUAACUAUACAGUGGCCCAAUUCAUUGAUGGAGAUUUGUGGUUGCCAACAACUGGUGUCCGAUUUGCAAGUGGGCUUUCUGCUGUUUAAGAGAAAAGAGGGUAUAUAAUUUUUUUUUUUUUUUUUUUUUUUUUUUUUUUUUUUUUUUUUUUUAUUUAAAGAUCAGCACAUAAGAAUUCGUGUUUUUAACGACUGAUGAUCAUGAUUACACGAAUUCUUGUAGUGUGGAGAAAAAGGAUGCCUAAAUUAUUUUGCAUGUAAUUUGACAAAUGAAAGUCAAGGUACACAUAUCUUUGCACUUAAUUU